UCACAAGUUUUGAAAAAAAUUGAAAAAAAUGCAUUAUUUAUUUGAAUUUUCUAGUUUGGGUGUGGGUAAGUAGUAACUAUAUAAAGAGAAUUAUGACCUAUGGGUAUGUACCAUUCGUGUCCCAGAAUUCUUUUAGAAUAACAGCCAUGCAAGCUCUGUUCGUAGCAGCCCUUUUCGGCGUCCUCGCCUACGCCUCGGCCGGCGGCCUCGGCCUCGGUUUGGCCGGAAGUGUUGACGGUGGCGCCAUCCUUUCCGGACCCUCCGGAGUAGUCCAAAGGGGCGGAUUGGCCGCGGUCGGACCGAUCGGAGCUCCCGGAGCCAUCAUUGCCGGAGCCGCACCCGGAGCCAUCUUGGCCGGAGGACAUGGCCUUAUUGGAGGCGGUGCAGUACUUGGCGGUGCCGGUCUCGGUUUGGGAGGCGGUUUGGGAUUAGGAUUGGGCGGCAUCGCCAAUCCCGGUUUGGCCGCCAAAGUUUUAGGCCUCGAAGGAUCCGGCAUCGAAGGCCAAUGGAUUCCAGACAUCAACGAGAAAUUGCACGACGACGGCAGCUACAAACCCCACGUGUACGGCCUUUAAAUAGUAGCGAAAUCAUAAAUUUAUUUUCUUUGAUUAUUAUUGACUGACUUGCGUGCAUAUUAUUGGCCUGACAUUGAUGAUGUGUACCAUUUUUUUAAAAUAUAAAGGUGUAUCAAAAUAAAAUUUAAAAAAUUCUA